CACCUGACAUUUGGUCCGGGUUUACAGAUUCUUGGUUCCUAGAGCCGGAGGCAGCUAGGAGGCUUCUUGGAGUUAUUGUAUAUAUCAUUCAUAUCUAUUUAAGAGGAAUCCAAUCCGUCCUAAAUCAUGGCAGUGAACACAGGCACGUCUCUCGUGCUGUCCAGUCUGCUGUCCGUGCUGGUGUUUGCCGGGAUGCAGAUGUUCAGUAAGCAGCUGGGAUCUACGGAGUGGCUCACCAUCCUGGGAGGUUUCCUGGGCUCCGUCCUCUUCAUCUGCUCUCUCACUGCAUUUAAUAAUCUGGAAAACCUUGUUUUUGGGAAGGGAUUCCAAGCUAAGAUCUUCCCAGAGAUCCUGCUGUGCCUGUGCUUGUCAUUGUUUGCAUCUGGCCUGGUACACCGUGUCUGCGUCACCACAUGCCUGAUCUUCUCCCUCUUCGCACUGUACUACAUCAACAAAGUGUCUGCUGCCCUCUACCAAGCAGCAGUCCCUGCAGUCACACCGGCCAAAGCAGCCAGCAAGGGCAAAAAGAAGAACUGACGAGUCUGCUGAGUCCCACCUACAUCCUACAAACCAGUCAAUAUUACUCAUGUGCGGAUAGCCUUUGCAGUAUACUAUAUUGUUUUUGUACCAAAAAAUUCUUAUACCCACAAUCCAAGUUUUUUUUUUUUUUUUUUUUUUUUUUUUUUCUUUUUAAAUACAACUUAAACAUCUUGGGAAUAUUUCUCUAUAAGGCGAGGAUAGGCUGAUUAAAGUGUUUUGUGUUUUAUUUUAUUUUAUUAUUUUUUUUAGUUUUUACAAUGAUAUUGGAUGGUUGAGUGAUUAAAGCAUCCAGAUUGAUUUAAGGCCUUAUAGCAAACAGCACUCGACAUUCCAUUCUGACUGCUUUUCAGCACUCUUUUCAGCGCUCUUUUCAUUCAAACGGAUUAUUAUCACACAAUAAUCAUGUCAUUUGUUCAUCGGCACAUGAGGUUGGAUUUCUUAUGUUCUUUCAAUC